AUGUCCGAUACUAAUUUGACGCAAGGUGAGCUACGCGGUAUAUUCACCACAGAAGAGAAGUAUCACAACGCGACCGGGGGCAUUUACCAAUGCGUGAGGACGAGGAAGAAUGAUCCAUCUAAUCAUGCCAAUAGAAAGAACCUUAUAGUUGUUUCUGAUGGGAUGCAUAGGGUCAAAGCUCUUCUGAGAAAUGAAGCGGUGCAGAAAGCGCAAGAUGCAGAGCUCCACAGUGGCGAUAUCUUCCGACUGACUAGGGGCGAGCCUGCGAUCGUCAAAGAAAAGAAGAAAUACGUGUUGCUCAUUGAUGAUUUGGAGAUUAUACAGUCCCGUGCAGAGAUCCAAAAUCCCAAUUGCGAGCUCAUUGACAACUACCUGAUUGCUCAUCCUGACGAGGUUUUCUCGUCUGAAGAAAGCGCCCCCGCACAAGGUUCUUCGUUUACGGGAAGGCAACAACAGCCCCAACAACCACAAGCACAGAACUUCCAGAAGCCACAGCAGUAUGCCCCUCAAGCGCAGCAGAACUAUAACAAUAGUAACAACUUCUCAUCGUCCCAAAAGAGCAGACCUAUUUUUGCAAUUGAGCAGCUUUCACCCUAUCAAAACAUGUGGACAAUCAAAGCACGGGUAUCUUUCAAAGGUGAUAUCAAGACCUGGAGUAACCAGAGAGGCGAGGGCAAACUGUUUAACGUCAACUUACUCGACAACUCUGGUGAAAUUAGAGCUACUACGUUUAGUGAAAACGUUGACAAGUUCUACAAUCUUCUCCAGGAGGGUAAAGUUUAUUACGUUUCGAAAGCGAGGAUCCAACCUUCGAAGCCGCAAUUCUCAAAUCUGGCUCAUCCAUAUGAAUUACAACUGGAUCGUGACACAGUUGUUGAAGAGUGCUUCGACGAUGUGGAUGUUCCCAAGAUGAAUUUCAGCUUUGUUAAACUCAACACUAUGGAGUCUCAAGAAGCAAACUCGAUAGUUGACGUGAUCGGAAUAAUAAGAACUGUCAAUCCUCCUUUCGAGAUCACAUCAAAGGCAGGUAAGAGAUUUGACCGCCGUGAUAUUAUUCUGGUCGAUGACUCCGGUUACUCAGUAAACGUCGGCCUAUGGGGCCAGCAAGCAUUGGAGUUCAACUUACCUGAGGGGUCUGUAGUCGCAAUAAAGGGGGGUCGCGUUACUGACUUCAAUGGCAAGGGCUUAUCGAUGGGCUUUAACAGCACUAUGCAUCCCAGCCCUGAAGUCCCAGAGGCUUACGCAAUUAAGGGUUGGUACGAUUCUGUGGGUCGCAAUGCACAAUUCCAUUCCCUGAAGCAAGAGCCAGGAGCAGGUGGCGGCAAUGCUGCUAGAUUUAUAGCUAACCGAAUUUCAAUCGCUAAAGCGCAAGCAGAUAAUUUAGGCAUGAGCGAAAGAGGGGAUUACUUUAGCAUCAAAGCUGCUGUGUCUUACCUGAGGGUAGAUAACCUUGCUUAUCCCGCGUGUGCCAACGAAAAUUGUAACAAAAAAGUGAUUGAAGAACCGGACGGAACCUGGAGAUGUGAAAAGUGCGAUGCUAACCACCCAGAGCCACAGUUUAGAUACAUGCUAACUGUGUCCGUUUUGGACGAAACAGGGCAAAUUUGGUUGACUUUAUUCAAUGAGCAGGCCGAGCAGCUGCUAGGAGUUGAUGCUAAUUCGAUGGUUAAAUACAAAGAAAGUGACCCAAGUAAGUUCGCGAGGAUUACACAGAAAAUUCAGAUGAAUCAGUAUGACUUCAGGGUGAGAGCGAGAGCUGACAACUACAACGAUGAAACGCGUAUAAGGUAUACGGCAGCCAACGUCCACAAUUUGAGGUUUGGAGCAGAGGCCGAAUUUUUGGCAGAGGAAUUGGGAAAAGUGUUUUUGAACUGA